AUGAUGGUAUAUAAAAGCAAAAAAGAUACAAUAGAUAUAGUAGAAGGCAGGACACCAGAACCUUCUGUCACACCUAGAACAUUUGAUACAACAAGUGUAUGGCAAAAAGUCGCAAAAGAAUACGACAAUGACAUUGGUUGGGAUGAAUUCGUCAUGGGGGUUGGUCUCCUCAGACGAUGGCUCAUUGGUAAAGCAAAGGGAGAUGUACUAGAAGUAUCGACCGGAACAGGACGAAAUUAUCCAUACUAUAAAGCAAAUCAGAUUACUUCUGCAACAUUUACAGAUCGACACGAGUCCAUGUUAAAUGAGUCCAAAGCAAAAUUCCAAGCAACUUAUAAGGACAAAUUUCAUAAUGCAUUUUUUGAAACAGCUGACGUACAAAAUCUAAAGAACAAGAAAUAUGAUACAGUGGUCGAUACGUUUGGCCUAUGCUCAUGUGGUGAUCCAGAGGAAGCACUUAUACAACUCGCUGAUAGCUGUAAAUCAGAAGAGUCUCAAAUAUUGCUCCUAGAACAUGGUCGUUCGCACUACAAUUGGUUGAAUAGACUACUCGAUACCAAUGUAGAUAAACAUGUGCAAAAGUGGGGUUGUUGGUGGAAUAGAGAUAUUAUGGGUUUAUUUGACAGCGAACGAGUGAAAGAUAAGCUAAAGAUCGUUCAGGCUUCUCGCUGGCAUCUCGGUACAACGUGUUUUAUUGUUGCAAAACCUACUCCUAAGAGUAGGAGUACUGAAUCAAACGACACAAAUGAAAAAUAA